AUGUCAACCACCCCCAGAGUCAUCGUCUUCGGCCCAACAGGCAACACUGCCAGCGUCGCCUCCACCACCGCACACUCCCUCGGCGCCCAAGUCUACCUCGCCAUGCGCGACCCCUCCAAACCCAUCCAAGGCCUCAACGACUCCGACGAAAAAUCCGGAAACUACACCCGCCUCCAAGCAGACCUAACCCAACCGGCCACCGUCCUCGCCGCCGUGCAACAAAGCCACGCAACGCGGGCCUUCAUCUACGCCGCGCGCGGCAGCACCGAUCACAUGAAAGGCACGAUCCAAGCCCUCAAGGACGGCGGAGUCGAAUACGUCGUCUUCCUCUCCUCCUUCACCGUCACCGACCCGGCCUCCUCCGUCCCCCCGGCGGAACUGAUAGGCCACCAGCACGCGCAAAUCGAAGUCUCCCUCGAGGACGUCUACGGCAAAGAAAACUUCUGCGCCAUCCGCCCCGGCGGCUUCGCGACAAACUCUUUACAGUGGAAAUCCGGAAUCCUCGCAGGUAAGCUCGAAAUCCUCGGUCAGGACUUCAAGAUGGACUGUAUUACGCCGGGGGACAUGGGGCGUGUGAGCGGGAAUGUUCUCGUCAAGGGUUCGAAUGAACAUGCGGUGUAUCUGUACGGGCCGGAGAAUCUACCUUGCAAGGAGAUUGCAGUGAGGAUUGCGAGGGUGUUGGGGAAGGGGGAGUUGGAGGUCGGGCCGCAGAGCGAGGAGGACGCGGCGGAGGAGAUGACCAAGGCUGGGUACCCGCCUCCGGUGGUGCAGUAUAUGGUCAAGGCGAGGACGAGGGAGGAUCUGGUGAGGCCGCUUCUUGAACAAGGGGUGGAGAAUGUGGAGAAGUUCACUGGGCGGAAGGCGAUGGGGUUGGAGGAGUGGGUGGAGGGGAAUCGGGGGCUUUUUGUGUAG